CCCGUCCUGUCAAUUAUCAAACUUAAUCUACAAUAGUCAAUGCGACAGCUCCAUCUUCUCUCCUCGCAUUCUAUUCUUGCAACCUUCCCUUUCUCUUGAAGCCACAAACACUGCUAUAUUCUACCUGUUCUUUUCCUCUGGGGAUUCCUUGUUCCUUAUCCCCACAACAUUCCCCCCCUCCCGGCCCAGUGCCCGAAUUCAGUUAUGAGUCUGGAUUCCCCAUCUAGUGAUAAUGCCACAACUAUCCAGCAGAUCAUAUCCCUUUUCAAUGGUCUGAGCACAAAUUUCGCCCGGAGAGCUGCGUAUCAUGGACUGCUGAACCAACUGAACUCCGCCGAAUGGUGCGAGUUACGCGCACGCAUCGAACAGCGGACCUUCCAGAAAGACAUCCUCGGCGAGUCCCCGCCCGAGAUCGCCCUCCAGAUUGUGCAGCAUCUGAGCGUGUCCGAUCUUCACGUGCUCAAGAGAGUCUCGAGACGAUGGCACGCUCUCCUGUCAUCUGCUUCCACCCAGCGCACCGUAUAUUGCCAAUGGACGAACAACUCCAGUGCGCACCUCACCACGGCCCAGAUCACGCGGUACGCGCAACGGAGGCUCUCUCUGGAGCGCGGCCAACCCGUCGCUGCUGCUGCCGCCGCCGCCGCACGGAGAGCCGUGAGAGUGAUCGAUGGCCAACCAAGCCCCCACAGCACCGCCCCCACGCCCAACACCUUCGCUUACGCCCACGGGAGGCUUGCAUGGCUUAGCUGCCCAGAUCUCCUCCUCGUUCACAGUAUUCGAAACGCUACAAGGCAGCAGUUCUGCACCGAAAACCGGGAUCGCUUUCGAUUGGUGGGGAUCUCGAACUCCGUGGUUGUAGCGAUCAGUACUCGCGCGUAAGUUUUUUUUGUUUUCUUUCUUCUCUUUUUACCCCCGUUUCUCUGGAUGAUAGUUCGAGAAACAUGAUCGGACGAUCUUGGGGUGUAUGGUGCGUGCAAGGGCUCAUAGGACAAAUUGAUUUCC